AUUACAUCAAUCAAGCAGCUCAUACAUAGGGCUUUCCACUAAAAGGCAGGAAGAAAAUGCAAGCUUACAGGAGGGCCUCGCUUCCACGAGCCUCCAUCCAUAGAAGAAAUGUAGCUUGUUGUUACCAGAAUGCAAAUGCACGCCGUGCAUUACCAAUUGUUGCAAGCGCUGCGGCGGCAUCAUCGGCGUCCACCGCCGCAACACCGACCGCGGCGCUUGAGGGCGCGCUCAAGCAGUGCCUUCUCCAGACCCGCAUCGACUCCGGUGAGCGCGGCCGCGGCCUGUUCUACGAGCCCGCGCCCGGUGCGGAGCCGGCGGUAGCUGACCCCAUCAAGGACGAGGAGGCGAUGAUGAGUCAACAGCGCGCCAUGCCGCCGGCGCUGCCGCCGCUGCUGCGUGUGCCGCUGAUGUGGGGGCUGCCGCUGGUGUGCGCGCCGGGGCAGGAGGGAGUGGAGCUGCAGGAGGAGCUGUUGGACGAGUGGCAGGAGUUGAACAAGGUGCAGCUGCCGCAGGCGCUGGUGCGGCUGCUGCUGGCCACCGAGCGCCCGCCUGCGGCCAGGCUAUCGGCCUGGUUCCUGUGGGCCACGCGCAGCCCCGCCGCCGCCGGCUCCCCUCUGGCUGAGUUCGCGGCGCACGUGCUCCCGCGCGACUCCGCGUCCUGCCUGCGCCUCAUCCCGACGGAGGAGGCACGCCUGCCUCCGGACGCGAUGCCAACUUUGAGCAACAUGCGCAAGCAGGUGUCGGCGGCAGUGGAGGAGCUGCAGGCGGCGGGGGCGGUGGAUGGGUUCAGCCUAGACGACCUGUGGUGGGCCUUUGACAUGGUCAUCUCCCGCUCCUUCUCCGUCUCGGUGACCGACCCCAACACCGGCAACCCAACGCCCCUGGCCGCCUACGUGCCUUGGGCAUGCCUCAUCAACCACUCACCCAACCCCAACGCCGUGUUCGCGGCAGACCUCUCUCCCGACCGACGCGAGUUCGUUGUCGUACCGCGGUUGCGGUACACGCCCAUUGAAUCCGGGUUCGAGGUGUGCAUCAGCUACGGCGGUGGACUGGACGGGCGCAGUACAUUACUAAAGUACGGGUUCGUGUCAACGGGCAACGUCAACGACCGAUUGGAUUUGCCGCCCGGAAUGGCCGAGGCGGCGGCACGGCUGAAGCAGCAGGCCAUGAUCAGUGCGGCUGAGGCGAUCAGCGAGCGGCGCGCCACGGCGGCGGCGGAGGCGUCUGGCGGCGCCGUCACCAGCCCCAGCAGCAGCGCCAACCUGACCGCCGCGGAGAAGGAGCGCAACCUGGUCUACUGCGCCCUGGCCUCGGUGCUGGAGGCGGCGGGCGACUGGCAGGCGGCGCGGGACGCGGAGGAGGCGGCGGGGCAAGCCCCGCCCGCCACCAAGGGAUUCAGCGGCGGCCCCGCGCCCGCCCUCAUCAAGUGGGCCAAGGCACAGGCGGAAGCCUACGCCGCACCCACCGGUCCCGCGCCGCCACCGCCGGCACCUGACGCGCCGUUGCCGUGCCGGCCGCCGGCGGAGGCCGAGGCGCCCGCGGGCGAGGACUUGUCGGCUGCGAUCAAUGUGCUGCGGAGCGAGCGGCGACGCAUUGCGCUCGCGAUUGUAGACCUGGUGGAAGAGUAUCGCAAGCAGAACACGGCAGCUUGAGGACACUGGGGAAUGAGGACUGCUUGAUGAGUGCCGGAUGAGUGCGGAAUGAGUACUGUGUGAGUUGAUGUGGCGAGAGUGGUGUGGCGGAAGCUGCUGAGAGGGAUCGUGUGUAUUGGGAUGCGCGAUUGCGGCAUUGCGGUUGGAGUGAACGGCUGGCAGUGGCUGCUGUGGCACGCGUAGGCUCAGCUUCAGCGGACACCAUGUUGCAGCUUUUGAGCAGGCGCGCGUGAGCAGGCGGGAGCGGGAUGGCAGCUGGAAGAUGCCUCCGGAUGUACACAAAUGUCAAGGUACCCUUGUGCGGACUUGCCAUGGAAGGGGAUACUUUCAUAUGGUGAUGUUACGGCGGUGGUCGCGGCAUGUCAUGCUGUGAUGAGUGUGAUCAAAUGCCUAAUAUGCAGUAAUCGCCAAGACCCAACCCAGACGCUAUGC